GUUUGCCAAAGAGGGAGGAAGGUGACAGAGCAGCGGGAGGACGAGGCGGAGCAGUCUCCGUAGCCGUUGUAGCCCAGAGCUGCCCCCAGAACGCCGCCACCCGCCGCGAUGACCGAUGUCGCCUGGCCCUCCCGCCCCUUGCGGCGUCGGCGGAUGAGGCUGGCCCUGGGCUUGGCGUCUCCAGCGCUCUGGGGCACCGCCUGCUGGGCGUGGGCAGACCGCUGCUGCGCUGCCCCCGCGUGCCCCGCCUCCGCCGCCCCGCCCGCGGGGCGCGGCGCGCUGCUGCGGGGGACCAUCGCCCCCGCGGCUUGCGCUGCGGCGGCCGAUGCGGCCCUCGCCCAGGGCGGGGAGGAGUGCAGGCGGCGGGCAGUCUGCAAGAGCGAGGCGGAGUGGGCGAGGACCUUGUCGCCCCAGCAGUUCUUCGUUCUGCGGAGCGCCGGCACCGAGGCCCCGAGGAGCUCGCCGCUGCUGAGGGAGAGGCGGCAGGGGCGGUACCGGUGCGCCGGCUGCGCCGCUUUUCUCUUCGAGUCGUCGAGCAAGGUCGCCUCGCAGAGCCCGUGGCUAUCCUUUGGCAGCGCGCUGCCCACGGUCGAGGUGGAGGGCUCCUGGUUCGAGGCUGUCACCGGCGCUAAGCUCAGGUGCGCGAGGUGCGGGGGGCACCUGGGGGAACGCUUCCUGGACGGCGCCUCCUUCGCAGGCACCCCAGCUGCUCGCACAGGACGCCGCUACUGUGUCAACGGCGCCGCCCUGGUGUUCGUCCCCGCUGAUGGCCUCGAACCCGUCGCAGGCCAGAAUCCAGCCGCGGACUCCGUCGAGUACUGGGAGAAGUACCCGUGGAGAAUGAUCGACGGCGGACUGCGGCCGAUCUAGCUGGUGUUCGGUAUGGUGGAGCCCCCUUGCCUUCAGUGCGUGCGCCAGCAAUUUUCACAAGAUUGCGCGAACUGUGCGCGAACUGGGCGCUCCUCGCUGUCCGCCUGCUGUUGCCGAUCUGGGGCCCAUGCCGCGUCGUGUGGAGCCGCCGCUGCGGGCAAGGCGCCGCGCGUGCCUGGGCGAGGCCCCGCCGCGUCACCAGCCGGCGGGGCUCAUCGCGAGCGUGCGCGUGGGGCCUGAGGAAAGAAGAGGAGCAGGCGCAUUGAGCAGCAGGGUGUGAGG